GGAUGGGAUGAAAGGCGAGAAAGUUGCGCCUCUUCGCUCCCGAAUUGCUGCGAGAUGAGAGGAACACGACUGCAUACUCGCUCGCAUGCGCGAGAUAUACGAUGCGCUUUGUAAAUGGAGCAUAACAUUCUCGGGGAAAAUGAUGCGGAGCCUUCUUGAUGCGAGUGGAUGAAUGUCGUGCUUUAUUUCCGAUAUCAGAUGAGGAUCUUCUUAAAUGUCUGCCGUUUUUUUCCUGACAAGUACCGCCCUGGUAUCACACAGAGGGCGAGGAAUGGCGGACGUGGAACAAAUUCGUGGCGUGCGCGUUUCGCUGACCUGGACUUUCAGAUCGCUUUGCGAGAAGAUUUGUCAGCGUAAAGGGAGCAGGAGCUGGUGGCCAACUCCUAUCUAACCUGCAUGCAAGCUAUGUUCGACCGGCUCGAUCUUCCAUCGUUUGAAAGAACGGUUGAAUUAAGCGCAUCAAAAUUUGUUGCCGCGAUUAUAGACGAUAUUACACCGAGAACAGUUUCAAGAUUUUGCGACUCGAUACUGUGUGUCCCACCGAUUCCUAAGCUAGUCUUGCUUCCUGAUCUGGCGUACCAUCCCCUGAAAAAGAAUUCGCGUGGUUCGACGACGGCCGAAGUUGCCCUAUCGAGUUCUGGGGCGAAGAAAGGAAAUUUUUUGCGCGAUCGGAAUGAUGCCGUGGGAGCAGAAUCAUCCGCUGCGGACUCCGGACGAUCGAGCGACAGCUGCCGUUUUCUUAACCCGUUCCGCGAACACAAUAAGAUGCUGGAAUUGUGGAAAGGCCGGCUAUUUUGCACGCGGAUGUAUGAAGAGACGCCGCGUAUAUUGCUUCCGCUGCGGCAAGCAAAAGAUCACGCUUACAAUAUGCCCCUGACCGACGUAUUCGAGAAAUGCAUAGUGAGUCGCUCGCGCGGAUCUCUGUGACUUCCGCCUAUUCGGUUGCGACCCGCCUGUUUUAACGUAGAAUACUUAAAGAUGACAGACCUUUCGCGUAUCCAACUCCUCUUCGUUGUGAUAUUUUUGUAUCUUCGUUUAAAAUCAAUCGUUCAAAACUAGUCGAUUUCGGGUCGAGUCGAACUAACGUAUUUUUGAUGAUAAAGGAAUUGAGAUCUGAAGCUACCGAUUACUUUCGCGCAGGAUGUUCGAAUAUGCACCGCGAACGGGCAAAUAGCAGAAAUUACCGAGGAAGUAGAGCUGCCCCUGAUACUGGAAGAUCUACAAAAAGAAAUUAACAUGUGUUUGGGUCGAAUUUCGUGUAUUGUAGGGAUAAAUUUUUUAUGUGCGUUCGGAAUCAGUUUCGAUUUUGCUUCUUCGAUGAGGUAUUUCGCGAGUCGAUCCUGGGAAUCCUUCGAAGAACUUGAGGAUCGCGUGGGAGGGGGGAGGUACGCUUGCUGUGGAC